CAUGAACUGUGCUGUUGAUGUUCUCUUUGCUGACACCCAUGGCAAUCCACUUCGUGACAACAUCCAAAGGAGGCACGAUCACGUUUUUCGAAUUUACAUCUGUCUUUUGUUGAAGAGGGCAAUUUUUCAGGCCUGUCGUCCUUACUUUGGCAUCAAAACCAAUGUUUUUCCUACCAAUCAAAGCUCUAUUUGGGUAAGGCACUUCGGAUGACGGGCGUGGGAAAAAAAUCAAAUCAGUUCCGUCAACUUUUUGUAUUGCAAAUGGUUCUCGUUCACUUGCUGUAUCUAAACCAUGAUAUAUGUCAAAGCUGUGACAGAUUGAAGUUCCAUCGACAGAGCACGCGGCCACGUGUUCCGCGUCGUUAUCUGGCGUCUGUGCUUUUUGGGAAGACGUUGUAGACGUGGACCAUGCUUUUUCGUUCUCUUCCAACAUUGUUUCCAACGAUUCGCCACACCUUGCAAAAUAAUGUGUCACGAUAGAUAUCAUAAAGGUGGCUACCGUGUCUAGAUCUAUCAUUAUGAAUGGAAUGGUGAGACUUUUUAGUCGUCUCUCCCUGGUAUGCAUUCGGAUCGUCUUUCUAAUGAGAUAUAAGAGCUCGUUAGAAGGAUCGUGCUAUAUUUCAGAAAUAUAUUGAGGAAAUGCAAGAGCAUGAUUGCGUUUUGCUAUGGUUGCUUGGAAUUCACAGUAAUAUCUGCCACGAAGACGGGUGGUGGGUCGUAAUAAAAAAUUCGAAAAAAUAAUAAACAUUCUCAUCAAGGAGAGUCGGCAGCCUGUUUGGAAGAAAAUUGUUCGACUUCUUCUGAUGGGACUUGUCGUUCAGCGUGUAAUUUAUUCCUCCCUUUCGUGUGCUUCGCCUCUUUUCAUCUUCCAGGAUCCAGGAUACAAAGAAUUGAUAAACUUUGUAUUUGAAGGUAGAACCGAUCGCUCUCGGGUUUUGGGGUGAAGAAUCAUUAUGAUAUUGUGACACAUACAAUCCUCACUAUGUAUGAGGCGAAAAUCCAUGUGGUACCCUACGAUCAAUUCAUAGAAGAACGAAAAGCGUGGGCAAGAGAUUACAUACGUCGGAAUGGUAGUCGUAUUACCCUUCACGGUGCUCUCUCAGCUCUAUCGCCAGCAUCAAAAUACUAUCAAAAGACUGUUCGACUAAAAUCACAUUUGUGAUACUCGUUAGUAUUUCAAAGAAAAUCAUCCUGCUUUUGACCUAGUUGGUUCUGCUUGACAUCGAGGCGACCUGGAUAAAACAUCCUUCGUAGUCGCUGGUGCCUUGAAAACUACGAGAAGGACAGCGUCAAAUUUUUAAACUUCACAACAAUGCAGCAAUCUAUCCGGACCUCUACAAUUUUUCUCAUCUCGAUGGCGAUACCAUGGCGAAGAUCGUGCGUGCGUCAUUAAAUUCCAGGUUUAAGUAAGCUCAGACUGUUCAGUAUUCAAUAUAGCAGUUCAAGACCUUAAAAGCAGCUACAGAGCUAAGAUCAAUGAAUCUGACUCCACGCAAUUUGAGGCCCAACAAAAUUUGAAUUUCACCAAAGGGUCACGAUAGAAAAGGGUUUUGGUAACAGUCAAAGAUCAUGAGAUCUCUUACAUUUUGGUUUAAAGCAGCUCUGUACAAAGAUUGAUACUCAAGGAAGUUUAAGUGCCGAGAGAUUCAACAAAAGAGUUCGAAUCCCAACAAUAAUUUAUUACUUCUUGUCUCCUUUAUUCCCGAUCCAUCUAGUUUCCUUUUCUCUUCAACAUCUGUUUUGCCCAGUCCUCUUCCUCGCGUGUCAACUCCCUCAUAGAUCCCGGUAAAAGGUCGUCUUUCAACUUUAUCGGUCCAAAUCUGUUUCGCUUCAGUCCGAUCACAGGAUAACCAGAAUUGGCCAAGAUCCGUCGCACCAUUCGAUGCUUUCCCUCCUCUACCACAACAUGGACCUCACUCAGUUCAGAUGCAUCUUUGAAAAAAAGGUGACCGUUCUUUUCCAAUUUGCUGAGAUCGUACUCUGGGGGAAGAUUAUCUAUUAUCUCUUGUAUCAUAAAUUUUACCUCGUCUUUCGGAAUAAACCUAGUUUCAAUUAAAUCUGCUGGAAAAGUCCCAAUGCUUGUUUCUACUCCCUGCAACAAUGUUUCUCGAAGAUCGUCUUCGUUGACUUUUCCAACUACUAGCGCAGCGUACUCCUUUUGAACCUCGUUGCUAGGAUGAAGGAGCUUUUGUGUUAGCUUUCCAUCUGAGCUGAAGAGAAGCAAUCCUGACGAGUCGUAAUCUAAUCUCCCAACCGGAUGCAUCAUUGAAAAUAGACUUUCAUCAAGAUCACCAAGAUUCUUCCGACCCUUUUUAUCGUUCAUAACGCUCAAAACCCAUUUCGGUUUAUGAUAGACGCGUAGUAGCGGAGGAAGUUUUUGCACUUCCUUCUUUCCAUCAACAAAAAGCGAAGCGCCCAUUGGAAUCUUCACUUUCGGACCCGAUAUGCAUAUCAUUUUGGAGUCGAUUUCUUGGAAAACUCGUUUCUUUUUCAGCAACUCAAAACACUCCGAUCUUGACCCCCACCCCCUAUUUGAAAGAACUCGAUCUGCUCGAAAGAGGGAUUUGUCUUUUUUCUUCAUAAAUUUCUUUUUCGUCAUAGAACCCUCGUUCCCAGUGUUACCUGACGAAAGGUUGAGACGGGAGAGACAUAGAAUUGAUCUUCUCCAACUAUUUUGACGGAUUAAUGAGGAUGGAAUUGAAUACAUUAUUGACGAUGAGAUACUCUUGUCAGUUAUUGGAAUUGCGGAGAAUGCCGAUACUGAGAUUUCGAAGCUGACACGAGAUGCCACGAUGAAACAAGCCAGUAGCAGAGAGUGCCGCGUCUUCAUCGGAUACUCUCUCCCGUAUCUACGCUAUGUAUGAUGCGGCUAUUUGUGACCGUCUAAAGUUGUUUGUAGUGUUACAAUUAUUGUUUUCUGGCAAAGAUACUCGAAGCCUUUGUGAUUCCAAACGCACAUCAACACAUCAGCGGUUGCUUUGAAAAUUAAUGAAAAAUCAAGAAAUGCAGAACCAGGCAAAGUGCAAAUACCGGUAGUUACUUAGUACGCACGUACCUUACGUACCAUGCGAUCCCGUUUCAGCAGAAGGUUCAGAAUCCACAAUCUGUCCUUCGUAGGUACCGGUAAGGUUACUUCCAAGGCGCAUUCUGAAUUCGUGACUUGAUGUCGUUCACGAGUAUCGUAAAAAUUCGACGGAGGCACAUGGUUGAGAUUUCUGAAAAUACUUCUAGCAAAGUUUCAUUUUGACCAUGGAUCCAUACCGGUACUCGUACUGGUACUUUAGUAGACGCCAACUAAAUCUGUUUUCAUUGCAUCGCAGUUUUACGAAUGCAGAAAAGAAGUUCACAAGUCGAGAGAAAAAUUUCAAAGAGGUGGUAAUCACUUACACUUCGCCAUGGCUACAAAGAUAUCGCAUUUCGCUCUCCAGAAGUUCACUUCAAACGGACUAAAAUAUUCACGGAGUCUUUGUACAUUGCUCUCGAAACCGUCUUCACCAUCAUGCAGUCACUCUGUCUAUCCCCUUCCAUCUACCUUCACUCUAUCGGAUUAUCGACGUGCGUUCAUGAAUAGCGUUGCUGAUUCCUCAGAAAGUAAUGACUCGGUUAUCAGCCCCGAUGAAAUUCUAAACCAAUGCUCCGAGCUAUACGAUUUGUUAUUAAGCUUGAACGAGAAACUAGGAGGGAUUGCAGUCCCAAAAUCGUCCCCGCACACGAGGUAGGCCAAGACUAAUUUGAUAGAAUUGUACUCAUUGUUUUCUCUUCGAUGUCAGGACGAUUUUUUCUGUGCUCACAUUUUGUAUACAGUUUACCAUUUUGUUUGUUAGUAGGGAAUCACUCGUCAGGAAAAUCGAGCUUUAUCAACUACCUUCUGCAACGGAAUAUUCAGAAAGCAGGUGUUGCCCCGACAGAUGAUACGUUUACUGUUAUUGCACCAGGGCCCGUGGAUACUGGUACGUUAGUUCGAUAUGGAUUGUGCGAGGAAAACAGAUAUGCAGAAGUAUACUUUCCAGCAUUUUUUCUCACCAGUUUUUCGCUUGCAAGAUGCCGAUGGUCCAACCUUGGUUGGAGAUCCUGAUCUAGGAUUCGCAGGUCUUCGUCAAUUCGGUCCCACUUUGAUCCACCAUUCUCAAAUAAAGUACAGGGAAAGUCCAUUGAAUUUUAUGCUGGUAAGCUCUCCCCUUUUCUCUGUGCAUUGUGCCAUCCUUUUUUGUUUGUAUGCUGUGAGGGUGACACUGACAAAUGCGUGUCGUUUUCUUUCAUUGAUGAACCUUCAAAUGUUACACAAGGUCGAUUCCCCGUAAGUUCGAAAGUUUGCCCUUCAAUUCCGUCAGUGGUCUUCUAUCGAUUCCUUCCGUUUCACUUUGCGCUCACUUUUUUCAACCAUCGAUUCCACUAAUGUAGAGGAAUGAUUGAUUCACCUGGUACCGGUAGUAAAGAAGUUAUGGAUCGGGGCUACGACUUUCCUGGUGUUGUCCGUAAGUGAGACGUUCUAAUAGGAGAAGGGACCGGAAGAAUCGUUUUAAUUAACCAACAAUUUUCGUUUUAUUCUUCCGUGUGUUCAAAGGUUGGUUUGCACAACGAGCUGAUAUUGUGCUAGUAUUCUUCGAUCCCGAUAAACCUGGUACAACAGGCGAAACAAUGUCUGUACUUCUAAAUUCUUUAAGCGGAAUGGAUCACAAGCUUUUGAUUGUACUGAAUAAAGCUGAUCAAUUCGAAAAGAUUCAUGAUUUCGCUCGAGCUUAUGGUUCUUGUAAGUCGUUCACAAGUAUUUGAAGUGUUGGUCGUAAACUUUUGAUUUGAAAGAAUUGGCGCAAUCUCCUCAUAUGCUCAUUUACCUUCAUAAUUGUUCAUGAAACCACUACCAUCAACGUUGGUUUGAAGUGUGUAAGUGGAAUGCAUGCAUACUAUGAUUUGCUGCGGUUUAAAUCCUCUUCUUCGCUGCAAUGAAUUGACUUGGCAUGAACAUUCGUAUACUAUUUCGUUUGAGAUCGCUGUCGACAUCUUUGUACUAAGCUUUUUUAUUGAUCGUAUCCCUGAAUAGGCUGGAAUCUCUCAAAGGUGAUUCCUCGGAAGGACUUGCCCCCAAUCUUUACCAUGAGUCUGAAAGACGAAGACAGUCAGGCAUCUCAACUUCCCGCAAGCCUGAGUGACCUAUCAGCCAACAAGGAUGACGUAGUUGAGCUUUGUAUGAAAGCCCCAAAACGACGUAUAGAUAACGUCAUCACAAAUCUCUAUGAUUCGACAUCGACUCUUAUUUUAUUCUCAAAGAUUUGGAACGAUGUAAGUUAAACUGGAUUUAGUAAUCUUCUGGGUAUCUCUUGCCAUCCUGGUCGAAGUACUAGACUUGGAUUGUGUUAAUCUAAUUCCUCCUUUUCUUUUUUGAUCUCUGGUUCAAUUUGAAAUUGUGCAUGUACAACAAAGGUUGUUUCUCGAUAUAAUAAAGAAUGGAGAAAUAGCCGACUUCGAGAAGCUGGUUUGGCUUCAACGUCGGGCAUGGCUUUAGGAGCGGUUAAUUAUCUUGGUUUAGACGCAAUGAUUCAGGGUGGUGUGUUGGGAACAUCUAUUGUUGGAGUCGGGGGUCUGAUAUGGUAUCAUCAGAGUUACUUGAAUCAUGUUCAACAAGACUUAGUGUCUCUCGAGUCACUGAGCGCGUCCUUUCAGCGAACACAUGCCCUUGAAGUUCAGGACGGUGAUGAAUUCGUGGCGAAUAUCUGGCAACGUGUUCGAGGUUCUUUGCGGUCGGCAUUAACCGCUGCUUUUGAGAAUGGCGGAAACCAAGCGACCGCUUCAUCCUCCGAACUAUCAAAAUUGCAAAAUAUUCUGGACAUCGAAAUCCCGCGGCUGAGACGUCUGGCAAACGAAGCACAGUUUUAUGACUCGAAUUCGCCUCGAGCGUAGCUUUUUAAAUCUAGUUCAACACGUAGUACAUCCGUUUCAACGGACAUUCCAUCGGAAUGACAUCACAGAGUGAUGAAUCAUUUAUUGUACUGUACUGCAUUGAACCAUGUGCUACAUGAGAAAUAACAAAAAUGAAAAAACUUAAAGGUAGCGGAGACACUUAGUCCAAUCUAUAGUUUAUUGAGACGCAUGCCUUCACGAAUGUCACAUCCGCGAGACGACUGCUUUGGCUGACUCCAUUCGCGACCGACAGCGAUAUACAUGUUUGUUAUGUAUCAUUUUGUUGCUUUCUCAAACCAAAUAAUUGGAUCCAAAAUCUGACUCGUUCCCUUCCUGUCGAUACACGCUCUCUGGAGAAACUGCCAUGGUUUCAAAGCAGUUCGUCGAAGGUCUCAUACAUUUAUUCAAACGUGAUUGUUACAGAAUGAAAGGUCGGCCCCUCCUCGAAGCUGCAAUACCAUGUGAAUGGUUGCUCCAGCAGAGAUAUUAUAAGACUCCAAUGUCUUGUCGUCUGCCAGCUGUUUUCCCGAAUGAAUCAAUCGAAUUUGGUCCACUUGAAUCCCUUCCUUCUCUUGCAAGGAUUGUUUGACGGCAAUAACUUGAUUUUCUGGCUCGAAGUUCAUGGCUUGCUUACGCCCCGUCAAUGUUUUGAUAAAAAUCUAUUUUCGAC